GGAGAGCGUACAGCCUGAGCCUGAUGGGAACGUCUGCGGACAGCGGGCUCUCAGUGACGGCUGCUGAGACGGAGGGGAAGCUGUGGGACGGAGCGGCCGGCAGCCCGCAGUACAGCAAUGCCCUUCACCAUUUAUGGAUGAUGACUUACAACCGCAACACUCCCUACCUAAGCAGCGAUGACUCAGACAGUGACGAUGAAGACAUGCUGGAAGAGCUUCAGGAGCUCAGAGAGAAACAUCUGACAGAGGUGCAGGCCCUGCAGGCUGCCCAGAAGAGAGAGAUUGAGGAGUUGUAUGAGAAGAUGGGGAAGGUUCCACCUGCAGGCAUCGUCUCUCCUGCUGCUAUGCUGUCCAGUCGACAACGCCGCCUGUCCAAGGGGAGCGGCUACCCCUCGUCCCGCAGGAACAGCCUGCAGCGGUUGGACAUUUUGCCACUCCAGGGUAUCAUUAGGAGAAACUCCCUUGGAGGCAGCAGCAGCAGUGGCUCCCAGGAUAAACCAAGCAAAGGUGUCACCUUUGCCACUGACAUUAGUAGAAUGUAAAAAACUCUCAGCCAAGCACGCUGUAUAUUUGGACUACCUCAUCUGAAGUGUGACUGCAGUGGUCAAACCCGUCCUGUGGGAGGACCGCUUCAACACAAUUCACUGGCACACCGAUCAGCAAACGGCUUCCCUCUGCCAGUGGUCACACGGUUCUGCCAGUGUUCAUUUACCUCAACGUACAUAUAAACUGUCAUCAAUAAGCUGGAUUUACACAGGAACUGUAACUUCCAGUUUUCAGCCCGUCGUCAGAUCUGGUGAAUUUGUUGCAGCUGAAGCACAGAAUAUCUACCAAUCUGGUUCAUUUUUGCCCUUUUGUAAAUAAACCGUCAGGCCUACAGGUUCAGGAUGAACUUAGCCCUGGCUUCCACAGUACUCUGCAAAAUGUCACAUCACAUGUUGUUUUAAAUGUUUUCUCAAGUUUUUUUUUUUAGCAUGAACGCAGUCAAGUGAUGACUUUGACCCAGAAUGAUAAUAGUUGCUGUUUUCCUGCUUGUCUGAUUCACUGCCGUUAAUCAACCCGAGCACAGUAAUGUGAACCACAGCGAGGCUCUGUGACACUCUCUCUGACACUUUUACUGACAGUUGUCACAGACAAAUGACAACACUUCAGAUAAUCUCGCAUCCUAUUUGCUGUAGUUUGUUAAUGAUGUCUCAGCACCUGCUGACUGCACAGUGAAUACACUCUGAUUACUGCCUUCCAGGGGCUGAUGAGAGCAGUCUAGAUGCAUUGUACAGUUUGAUUUUUUUCAAAUAUGUAUUAUGAAAACAUUUAGUUGUAGUACUUCUUUAGUGAUUUUGACACCUGGUAGGAUUGGCCACACUCUCUAGGCUCAGCCUGGAGAAGUUUGACUGCAGUCCCGACAUUUUUAGAUGCAGUCAAAAUGAUUUUUCACAUUGUACAGCAGUACAAUACAGAGAUAUCAUUUCUGUCAACAUACAUUUGAAGAUGUUAACACUACAGAGAAAACAAAGUUGCACAACAGUUAUAAAUGUUUGCGUGUAGGUUGUUUGAGCAGAAAGAAAAUCUGUUUUUCAUUACAGAUCUGUUCUACAUGAAAUGGGAAGAUAUUAGGUUAAAUGGUGCAGAAGACUUUAGCGUAGAAAAACACCACACAUCAUUUUCAAAUUCUAUAGCUUGUUUUAAAUUUAAAAAAUGAUUUCUUUGUAUUGAUUAGUUGUGAAAAAUCCACCUAGGUUUUAGACUACUGGCUUUCCUGUUGAUUGUACAUGUGUAUAUAGUAUAGUGCAUUUUUAGAUCAUGUUUACAAGUUAUGAGUAAACUGAACCUUAAUUCUUGCUCCAGCAAAAAUCAUAUUUUGUCGCUAGAUCAAGCAACUUGUGCACUUUAGUACAUUCUACUUUAGUUCUCAAUCAUGUAACACAUUUGUGGAUAAAACACGUGUUCACUCGAGGAAGAGCUGAUACGUUUCCUGUUGAUGUUCCAUAAGGGAGGUCGAGAAUAUACUCCAGUUUAUGUUUGAUCACAAUAUGUCAUAUUGGAUCACAGUGAUGAUGAUCUACCCUCCCACAGUUUUAAAUAAUUAGUGCAUUGUGGGACAAUAGAGAAAUCAGUCCAAGCUGUGAAUGUGUAGCUGUUGCCUUAUAAAAUAUUCACGACACACUGAAUUUUUCUGGCAGUGGAACUCCUGUAAGAUUUUCCAAAGUUCAUAAUAUAUUCAAAGACGUUUCAAAAUUUUGAAUGUAAAUAUAUAACUAUAUUGCUUUCUGAAAGCUGCUGCUGUCCUGCCGUGCUGAAUCUGUGCCUUUCCCUUACAAUGUCUUAUUUUAUAUUUUUACUCUCAAGAUUUGGUGGCAAGAUCAGACUCCAUAUAUUAAAUUUUGACAAAAAUAAAUGCAAUUGUAAAUA